GACGCAAUUAUUUCCCAAAAGAGCCCGCCGUGGUACUUGAGAUACGCGGUUACUAAGCGGACAUAAGCACCCAGGGCCGUCGUUCUAUGCUAAACAAUCGCCGUUAUAGCGUUGUGAUAUAUACAGAAAAAACCUAACCCAUCUUCACUGCGGCGAUUUUAUCAGUAUUGACUAUACUCACUGUUGGGAAACAUGGGCAAGACCUGGCUCAUCACAGGCUGCUCUGCAGGGUUUGGCCUUUCUCUCACUAGGUAUAUUCUUGCACAAGGGCACAACGUGAUCGCCACGUCCCGGAAUCCAAGCAAGACGCCCGACCUGGUGAAAGAGAUAACAUCCAAACCCAAUGGCCGAUGGCUGUCUCUGGAUGUCACCUCUCCAAAGGAAAAGAUUGAGACAGUUAUCCAGGAAGCCGAGAAGGAAUUCGGUGGCAUCGAUGUGCUAGUGAACAAUGCAGGCUACAGUGUCCUUGGUGCCGCCGAGGACAUACCCGAAGAUAAGGCAAAGGCGCAAUUCGAAGUCAACUUCUGGGGAGCGAUCCGCACAACCCAAGCCAUUCUACCUCAGAUGAGAUCUCGUAAGUCUGGCACGAUCGUCAACAUCUCCAGCAUCGCCGGACUCGACGCUCAGCCGACGUGCGCGAUCUACGCAGCUAGCAAAUUUGCCCUCGAAGCAUGGUCGGAGUCUUUGUCUAGAGAGGUGGGGAGUCUUGGCCUGCGCGUCCUCAUCGUCGAGCCUGGUGCUUUCCGGACGAACUUUCUGACCAAGGACGCUGCUCCGAAGAUCCCGCCGAGUGAAGCCUAUCAGACUGGCGUGGUUCAGACAAUCAUGGAUAGAUUUGACACCAUGAAUGGUGCACAAAUUGGUGACCCAGACAAAGCUGCAAAGACAAUCUUCGAGGUAGUGUUGGGAACCGGAGUCGGUGAAGGCAAGACGGACCUGCUAAGGUUACCUUUGGGCCCGGAUUGCUAUGCCAGAGCUACGGACAGCAACAAACGACGUAGGGAAAAUCUGGAAGCCAUGCAGGAGAUAGCUUUGAGCACCAAUCUGCAUUGAUCGGAAGAAUAGAUGCACGUAGAUCAUGUCUGUCACGUUGAAGCAUAAAUGUCCGUCAUACCUAUGAAUGCGACGGGGCAGGGAGGGGAGGGCUAAAUGCGGGG